UUUAACAAGAUACACUAUGCUUAGGACGCCGACCGCGCCACGAGUCACGACUCCUCAAAUUUCCCUCCCUUUCCUUUUGAUACUAUCGCGCAUACCUGCCGACCUUUUUGUUUGUAGUUUGUAGAAGGGAGCUCUCCCCGCGGAGUGGCGACUGACCUGACCGCAACACAAGUCAUAACGUCGAGAGACGCGUUUCGGUGUGUACGUACGUUCAAUCGUAGUCGUCGCGCGCGAAAAUAUUUACGAUACAAUGAAAUUUGUAAUGUGACAGUUUCAAAUUAAAAAAUGAAGUGCUUAAUAUCGUUAUUUUUAUCUAUUGCUCUCGUUUUCGAAACAGCCGCAGAGGCUUCUGUGAGGACAUGUGAACCUAUUAAAGUGGCUAUGUGUAAGAACAUUGGAUACAACCAAACUGGAAUGCCGAACUUAGCUCGACACACGCUUCAGGCAGAUGCUGAUGUGACACUUCAAACUUUUAGUCCACUCGUUCAAUAUGGAUGUUCGUCGCAGCUACAUCUAUUUUUGUGUGCGGUAUAUGUUCCUAUGUGUACCGAUAAGGUUGCGUUACCUAUCGGGCCCUGUAGAGGUUUAUGUGAGAGUGUUUACGCAAGAUGUUAUCCAGUCCUUCGAGGCUUCGGUUUUCCGUGGCCAGCGGAACUAGACUGUUCUCUUUUCCCAGCGGAGAAUAAUCAUGAGCAUAUGUGCAUGGAAGGUGAAGGCGAACGUGCACCACCAUUAGGAACUAUCCCGCUUGAUGCAACAAACGCAGUCGGUAGAGGUGGUUGCCGAAGACUCGUGAAACCGAAUAGUUGGGUUUGGGUGAGAGGAUCUGGUCGCUGUGCGCAAUUCUGUGAUGCGGAAGUUCUAUGGGAAACGGGAGAGAGAAAAGCAGCAGAAGUGUGGCUUGCAACGUGGGCUGCGUUAAGUUUCGCAUGUACUCUAGCGGCUAUAGGAGCACAGUUGGCUUGUGGAGAUCGUGGUGGAGCAGGAGAAAGAGCUCUGGUUCUGGUGGCGCUCUGUAGAUGUGCGGCGGCUGCUGGGUGGGGCGUUCGCGCUGCAGCGGGACGCACGGCAGCCGGUUGCGCCAAAGAUUCCACAUCACCAACACGGAUGCUACUGGCGCAUGACGGAUUGGCCAAUCCUAAUUGUGCGGUCGUCUUCUUGCUGCUGUAUUACUUUGGCUUAGCAGCCUCUGUAUGGUGGGUGGUUGUAACGGGAGCAUGGCGGGCAAGUGUAUUGCGUCCUCCUAGCACUCCUGGAGCCAGAAACGAUCGUCACUCUUCACUCCUGCAAUUAGCCGCCUGGGGAGUCCCUGCUGCGUUGGCAGCGGCUGUGCUCGUUACAAGAGAUGUUGACGCUGAUGAAUUGACAGGAACCUGCUUCGUGGGGAACCAGUCGAGUAAGUCAUUACUGGCGUUGGUUAUCGUCCCUGAAGCAAUAUGUUUGCUGUUGGGCACCGUUUUCCUCGCGUCUGGUCUGCGGGCGGUGCUUCGUCGCCCUGUCCCUUUGCCGGCUCCAGCAACGCUUUUAAACGCGCCUCCUCAACCUCAUCCUGAUCAAAGCCUGCUAAGAUUGGGAGCGUUUGCCGCUCUAUACGCAGUGCCAUCAGCUUGCAUACUCGCAACGUGGGUAUAUGAGUACAUUCUAAGGGAAGACUGGUUAGCUGCUCCCGUGCCAUCAACGGAGCCAUCAACACAGCCGCAGCCAGCAUUCUGGGUGUUCCUAUUCCGUAUAUUCGCAACGCAAAUAUUAGGAGUUAUGGUGGCAGUAUGGAUAGCAACGCCGCGAUUGAAAGCGCUGUGGAGAAGAAUGACAGGACCAAGAAAGCCAGUCUUGGCGAAAUGUCCAUCGGGUCCACCCCCCACGCCUUUAACAUUGCAUUGUUAUGCUACACAUCCUCACACAUUAACUCGACACCCACAAAAGUAUGCCACUUACAGACCGCCACAGCAACAAUCGUAUCGAAAACCUCGGCAUUAUCACUACUCGGCCGGCGAAACUAUUCUAUGAUUAAUAAAGAUAGAAUACAGCAAUGUAUGUAAAAUAAGACUUUAUAACCACCUAUGUAGUGCAUUUAUUAUGCUAGUGAACGUAAUUUGUAUUUUUUUGAAAAAAUGGUGCCAUUUGUAGUAAUAAAAUCUAUUUAAAAAAUAUUUGUAAGCUGAGUACGUUAUAAAAUAAAUAGAGACUUGUACAUAAUUAUGUAUAGUGUUUGAAGUAUAUAAGUUCAGUAAAUAUAGAUUGCAAGAUUGUAUAUAAUUACAUCCACCUCGCAUUUUAACAAUAUU